AUGGCUAGCCCGUCGCCUCAAAGUAGUCCAAUGCCACCUCCUCAGGCGCCAAGCCCAAUGGGUCCACCGACACAGAGUCCGGCGCCGCCGCAGUCACCGCAUAGUCCUUAUAAUCAACAACAUGUCAACGGUCCGCCUCCAUCUCAUAGCUCCGGCGCGGGUCAACCACCUUUGCCCAAUCAUAUGUCAGCAUCGGGACCUCAUCCUAUAGCGCAAAAUACUAAUGGGCCUCCACAACAUCCUGGUAUGCCACCUGGGACUCAUCAAAUGCCUCCACAUAUGGUCGGUCCACAUAUUCCGGGACCUCCAGGACAUCCAAUAGGACCUGGUUCUCACCCACCUGGUCCUAAUGGUCAUCCAAAUAUGCCUGGUGGACCUCAACAUCCUAACAUGUCUAGUCAAGGCCCUCCUCAUGGAUAUAUGCAGCAUCAAAUAGGACAUAUGCCACCCGGACAGGCUCCGUUACCGAUGGGUGGAGGUCCACCACCGGGUAAUGGACCACCGGGUCCGCCUGGAGCGUCAGGAGUUCCACUGCCACUCGCAGGCCCUCCACCCCAUAGCGUGCAUGGACAAGGCAUGCCACCGGCUGCGCCGGGGCAUAUGCCACCACACCACACAAUGAUACCGAGCCAGGGACCUCCACAACAUGCCGCAUCACCUGGCUAUGGCCACGCACCUCCAGCUGCAACUGCGGGAGGUGCAGCUGCGCCACCCUCUACUGCACCAACUGCUCCACAACCACAGGGUAGUGGUCCUCCACAUCCACCCGCAGCCCAAACUCCACCACAUGGUCAGCCACCACCUGCGACGUCGGCUAAUGGUGCUCCACCAGCUUCGUCGCCAAUGCAGUCCCUCCCUACACCUGGCCCCGACAACUUGCAUGCCAUUCAGCGUACUAUAGACUCUAUGGAAGAAAAGGGUCUUCAGGAGGAUCCCAGAUUUUCGCAGCUAUUGGCAAUCCGAGCUCGAACUAACCCGCAGGAUCCAGGCAAAGGGUUAUUCACAAACAACCAACUCUGCCAACUUAAGGCACAAAUAAACGCCUACCGAAGUCUUGCGCGAAAUCAACCCCUGUCACAGCAAAUAGCGAUGAUAGCUGCUGGUAAGAGAACUGGAGAGGCGCCACCGGAGUGUCCAACGCCACCGGCACAACCGCUUUACGGCGAGGGCCAAGGUACACCGUCCUCAGUUUCUGGCGGUGUAGGUGCGACCGGCGGUAAGCCAGGCGCGAACGGCACGGGGGGAGAUGCACGGGGUGGCGGUGGAGCACCACCUACUCCACUACCGAUGACUGGCCAAAUGGCUCCGCCUACCCAAUUAACACCACCUCUCGUGAAUCCGCCUGUAGGUGGGGCGCCCCCAUUGCGAGGACCGGCACCAUUGCGUCAAGCUGCUCCGGGCUCACAACCACAGCACCAGGGUAUGCCUAUACCAGGAGCUAAGCAAAACCGUAUCACCAGUAUGCCCAAGCCUGUAGGCAUUGACCCACUACAAAUCUUAAAUGAAAGGGAGAACAGGAUUGCAGCUCGUAUCGCACACCGUAUCGACAUGCUAUCGAAUUUACCAGCCAACAUGCCCGAUGAUCUCCGAUUGCAGGCACAAAUCGAACUACGAGCUCUUCGUGUUUUAAAUUUCCAGAAACAGUUGAGAGCAGAGAUAUUAGGCCAAGUCCGUCGUGAUACAACCUUAGAGACUGCCGUAAAUAUAAAAGCGUACAAACGUACGAAACGACAGGGAUUACGUGAAGCCCGAGCUACUGAAAAAUUAGAGAAGCAACAGAAACUUGAAGCUGAGAGAAAACGCCGUCAGAAGCACCAAGAAUUCCUACAAACGGUGUUACAACAUGCCAAGGACUUCAAGGAAUACCACCGCAAUAACAUCGCAAAACUGUCUCGUAUUAACAAAGCCAUCAUGAACCAUCACGCAAAUGCAGAGCGAGAGCAGAAGAAGGAACAGGAGCGUAUAGAAAAAGAACGUAUGAGACGUUUGAUGGCGGAAGACGAAGAGGGUUACCGCAAGCUUAUCGAUCAAAAGAAAGACAAGCGAUUGGCAUUCCUCCUGUCGCAGACAGACGAGUAUAUCGCCAGUCUCACGGAGAUGGUCAAACAACACAAACAGGAACAACGCAAAAAGCAACAAGAGGAAGAGCGGAGAAAAAGGAAAUCGAGGAAGAGGAAGCUGCUAGAAGGUGGCGAAAUAGAUGCUAUGGAUGAUAGCUCUCAAACAUCAGAUUCUAGGGUAGGCGUUAUGGAUCCGAAAACGGGCGAGAUAUUGAAAGGAGAGGACGCGCCACUAUUAUCUCAGCUUAAAGACUGGAUGGAGACUCACCCUGGAUGGGAAGUACUGUCAGAUUCUGAAGAUUCUGGUGAUGAUAGCCAGGAUGAUGAUGAAAAGAGAAAAGAUAAACAUAAAGACGAGAGAAGCGAGAAGGACAAAACAGAAGAAGAAAAGGCACAAGAUAUGAUCAAAAAGGCUAAAGUCGAAGACGACGAGUAUAAAACGGAAGAACAAACUUAUUACAGUAUUGCUCACACGGUCCACGAGUCUGUCACGGAACAGGCUAGCAUUCUUGUUAAUGGAAAACUAAAAGAAUAUCAAAUCAAGGGUUUGGAAUGGUUGGUUUCACUAUUCAACAACAACUUGAAUGGCAUCCUGGCAGAUGAGAUGGGUCUUGGCAAAACCAUCCAAACGAUUGCAUUGGUUACCUACCUAAUGGAAAAGAAGAAAGUUAAUGGGCCUUUCCUUAUUAUAGUGCCCCUAAGUACACUGUCGAAUUGGGUGUUGGAGUUUGAAAAGUGGGCCCCGACAGUGACCGUAGUCUCAUAUAAGGGCUCCCCUCAGUCGCGCCGUUUGGUACAGACUCAAAUGCGCUCCACUAAGUUUAACGUAUUGCUAACUACGUAUGAGUAUGUAAUCAAGGAUAAAGCUGUGCUGGCUAAGGUGCAAUGGAAAUACAUGAUUAUUGACGAGGGACAUCGUAUGAAGAAUCACCACUGCAAACUGACCCAAGUUCUAAACACGCACUACAUCGCGCCGCACCGUCUGUUGCUAACGGGCACGCCGCUACAGAAUAAGCUCCCAGAGCUGUGGGCGUUACUCAAUUUUCUGCUUCCGUCUAUAUUCAAGAGUUGUUCUACUUUCGAACAAUGGUUUAAUGCCCCGUUUGCUACAACAGGAGAAAAGGUGGAGCUCAACGAGGAAGAAACAAUCCUUAUUAUCCGUCGUCUGCACAAAGUUCUACGCCCCUUCUUGUUACGAAGAUUGAAGAAGGAAGUAGAAAGUCAAUUGCCCGACAAGGUCGAAUACAUUAUCAAGUGCGACAUGAGUGGUUUACAACGUGUACUGUACAAGCACAUGCAGUCCAAGGGGGUCCUGUUAACAGAUGGCUCUGAGAAAGGCAACAAGGGCAAGGGCGGUGCAAAGGCUCUUAUGAACACUAUCGUCCAGCUUCGUAAGCUGUGCAACCACCCCUUCAUGUUCCAGCACAUCGAGGAGAAGUUCUGUGACCAUGUUGGGUCCAGCGGAAAUGUCGUCAGUGGGCCUGACUUAUACAGAGUGUCUGGUAAAUUUGAAAUACUGGACCGCAUCUUGCCUAAACUGAAGAGGACGGGCCAUCGAGUUCUAGUCUUCUGUCAAAUGACCCAGUGCAUGACGAUCAUUGAAGAUUACCUUUCUUGGAGGGGUUUCCAAUAUUUAAGAUUGGACGGUAUGACAAAGGCUGAAGACCGCGGGGAGCUGCUGAAGAAAUUCAAUGAGACAGGCUCAGAGUACUUUAUUUUCCUGUUAUCAACGCGUGCUGGAGGCCUCGGCCUCAACUUACAAAGCGCUGACACUGUCGUGAUAUUCGAUUCAGACUGGAAUCCGCAUCAGGACCUACAAGCGCAAGAUCGCGCCCAUCGUAUUGGUCAACGCAACGAAGUGCGCGUGUUGCGUCUUAUGACGGUAAACUCUGUGGAAGAACGAAUUCUUGCGGCCGCUAGAUAUAAGUUAAACAUGGAUGAAAAAGUUAUCCAGGCUGGUAUGUUCGAUCAAAAGUCCACCGGUUCUGAGCGUCAACAAUUCCUUCAGAGCAUUCUGCAUCAAGAUGGAGAUGAUGAAGAGGAAGAGAAUGAAGUUCCAGACGACGACCUAAUCAAUGAGAUGAUCGCCCGCUCGGAGGAAGAACUAGAGAUAUUCAAGCAGAUCGACAUAGAGCGGAAGAAGACAGAGACUCAAUCGCGACUGGUCGAAGAAUCCGAGCUGCCAGAUUGGCUUGUCAAGGAAGAUGAUGAAGUUGUUUGCAAUAAGGGCCAAGGGUGGCACUUAGACGAUGACGAAAUCCUUGGCCGAGGUUCGCGUCAGCGUAAAGAAGUUGACUACACUGACUCACUCACAGAGAAAGAAUGGCUCAAAGCAAUUGAUGAUGAGUUUGAAGAAGAAGAGGAGGAAGAUGAUGAUGACGAAGUGCUGGAUAAGAAACGGAAGAAGGGACGCAAGCGACGUCGUAAUCAAGAGGACUCCGAUGAAGAAGAAGUGCCUAGUUCCUCCAAAAAGAAGAGUAAAACUGAGCUCAACCAACUAAAGAAACGUUUGAAAAAUAUUAUGAAGAAAGUUAUUGACUACUCAGAUGAGGGAGGUCGGGUUCUGUCCGAGCCGUUUAUGAAGCUGCCAUCGCGCCGCGAAUUACCAGACUACUACGACGUCAUCAAGAAACCAUUAGAUAUCAAGAAAAUUAUGAACAGAAUUGAAGACGGCAAGUACCAAGAUAUUUUGGAUCUGGAGCGUGAUUUUUUCACACUUUGCGCUAACGCUCAGACGUAUAACGAAGAGGCAUCUUUGAUUUAUGAAGACUCUGUGCGCCUACGCAACGUCUUCAUAGAGAUCCGCCGCCGGUACGAGAGCGGGCAAAAUUCUGAUGAUUCUGAUGAAAAUGAGAAAGAUGAAGAUGAUUCCGACGGGGAGUCUAAUCGGUCCAUGAAGAUGAAAAUCAAAUUAAAGGGCAAAACUAAAAGCACACCAUCCCGAAAAAGAAAACAGCGCAAAUACAUUUCUGACGACGAAGAUUAUGAAGAGGAUUAG